UUUUAGGUGUCAGUAGUGUAAAGUACAGUUAGUGAGACACCAUUUUAUAAUAGAGUUAAUUUUUUUUUGGUUAGAAAUUAAAAUUAAUUUUAAUUAAAAAAAAUGAAAAAAUUAAACAAUUUUAAUAGUAAUCAUAAAAUCAUCUAUGUAACCUUAAUCUAUCUGAUUAUUGAAUGUUGUCAAGCAGAUAAUCAUAAACCAGUAUCAUUGAUAAGCAGUAGUACUGAUAAAAAUGGUACUGAAGUUACAAACAUAAAUGCCCGGGGUGAUGUCCAAAAAAUUCAAACAUCUAUCUCACCAAAUGGUACUAUUAUCAAAACAGUUUAUGUUAAUGGUGUACUACAAUCUGGAAACAGCACAGAAAAUGGCGACGAUAUACCUGUUUUCUGCGAACCGGUACCGAUAAAAAAUAAUUCAAACUCUACAACAUCUACUACGACAGUAAAACCGAAACGAAUCCAAAAAAGUAAUUGUCCGCCGGGUAAUCCAAAUUGUCAAUCGGAUCUGUCAACUGUUGUACCAAAUAGUCCGGCAACCGAUUCACCGCAUUGUCCACCGGGACAACCAAAUUGUCAAUUAGGUACUACUGUUACACCAAAUAGUCAAUCAACCGAUUCGUCGCAAUGUCCCCCCGGACAACCCGAUUGUCAUAAUGGCCAAAAAACGUCAACAACAGCAAAGCCGAAAAGAUACCAACAAAGGAAUUGUCCGCCGGGAAAUCCAAAUUGUCAAUCGGAUACAACUGUUACACCAAAUAGUCCACCAACUGAUUCACCGCAUUGUCCACCGGGACAACCAAAUUGUCAAUUGGUUAGUACUGUUGCACCAAAUAGUCCGCCAACUGAUUCACCGCAUUGUCCACCGGGACAACCAAAUUGUCAAUUGGUUAGUACUGUUGCACCAAAUAGUCCGCCAACUGAUUCACCGCAUUGUCCACCGGGACAACCAAAUUGUCAAUUGGGUACUACUGUUGCACCAAAUAGUCCGCCAACUGAUUCACCGCAUUGUCCACCGGGACAACCAAAUUGUCAAUUGGGUACUACUGUUGCACCAAAUAGUCCGCCAACUGAUUCACCGCAUUGUCCACCGGGACAACCAAAUUGUCAAUUGGGUACUACUGUUGCACCAAAUAGUCCGCCAACUGAUUCACCGCAUUGUCCACCGGGACAACCAAAUUGUCAAUUGGGUACUACUGUUACACCAAACAGUCUGUCAACCGUUUCAUCGCAAUGUCCGCCCGGACAACCCGAUUGUCAGAAUGGCCAAAAAACGUCAACAACAGCAAAACCGAAAAGAAUCCAACAAAGGAAUUGUCCGCCGGGAAAUCCAAAUUGUCAAUCGGAUACAACUGUUACACCAAAUAGUCUGUCAACCGAUUCAUCACAUUGUCCGCCGGGUCAACCAAAUUGUCAAUUAGGAACAACUGAAACGCCAAAUAGUCAGAGACCCGAUUCGAAGGAAUGUCUGCCUGGACAACCAGAUUGUCUUAAACAAUAUGGUCCUGAUGGUAAACCAUUACCUCAGCAACCAACCAAUCAACCUCAAAUUCAACAGAUUUUAAUUGGUCAUGAUGGUAAACCGUUACCUCAGCAACCAAGUAAUCAACCUCAAUUUAAAAUAAUAUAUGGUCCUGAUGGUAAACCAUUACCUCAGCAACCAAGUAAUCAACCUCAAAUUCCAUCCACUUUAUAUGGUCCUGAUGGUAAAUCAUUACCUCAGCAACCAAGUAAUCAACCUCAAAUUCCAUCCACUUUAUAUGGUCCUGAUGGUAAACCAUUACCUCAGCAACCAAGUAAUCAACCUCAAAUUCCAUCCACUUUAUAUGGUCCUGAUGGUAAACCAUUACCUCAGCAACCAAGUAAUCAACCUAAAUUUCAAAUAAUAUAUGGUCCUGAUGGUAAACCGUUACCUCAGCAACCAAGUAAUCAACCUCAAAUUCAAAUAAUAUAUGGUCCUGAUGGUAAACCAUUACCUCAGCAACCAAGUAAUCAACCUCAAAUUCCAUCCACUUUAUAUGGUCCUGAUGGUAAACCAUUACCUCAGCAACCAAGUAAUCAACCUCAAUUUCAAAUAAUAUAUGGUCCUGAUGGUAAACCAUUACCUCAGCAACCAAGUAAUCAACCUCAAAUUCCAUCCACUUUAUAUGGUCCUGAUGGUAAACCGUUACCUCAGCAACCAAGUAAUCAACCUCAAAUUCCAUCCACUUUAUAUGGUCCUGAUGGUAAACCAUUACCUCAGCAACCAAGUAAUCAACCUCAAUUUCAAAUAAUAUAUGGUCCUGAUGGUAAACCAUUACCUCAGCAACCAAGUAAUCAACCUCAAAUUCCAUCCACUUUAUAUGGUCCUGAUGGUAAACCAUUACCUCAGCAACCAAGUAAUCAACCUAAAUUUCAAAUAAUAUAUGGUCCUGAUGGUAAACCGUUACCUCAGCAACCAAGUAAUCAACCUCAAAUUCAAAUAAUAUAUGGUCCUGAUGGUAAACCAUUACCUCAGCAACCAAGUAAUCAACCUCAAAUUCCAUCCACUUUAUAUGGUCCUGAUGGUAAACCAUUACCUCAGCAACCAAGUAAUCAACCUCAAUUUCAAAUAAUAUAUGGUCCUGAUGGUAAACCAUUACCUCAGCAACCAAGUAAUCAACCUCAAAUUCCAUCCACUUUAUAUGGUCCUGAUGGUAAACCAUUACCUCAGCAACCAAGUAAUCAACCUAAAUUUCAAAUAAUAUAUGGUCCUGAUGGUAAACCGUUACCUCAGCAACCAAGUAAUCAACCUCAAAUUCAAAUAAUAUAUGGUCCUGAUGGUAAACCAUUACCUCAGCAACCAAGUAAUCAACCUCAAUUUCAAAUAAUAUAUGGUCCUGAUGGUAAACCAUUACCUCAGCAACCAAGUAAUCAACCUCAAUUUCAAAUAACAUAUGGUCCUGAUGGAAAACCGUUACCUCAGAAACCAAGUAAUCUACCUCAAAUUCCACACACUUUAUAUGGUCCCGAUGGUAAACCGUUACCUCAGCAACCAAGUAAUCAACCUCAAUUUCAAAUAACAUAUGGUCCUGAUGGUAAACCGUUACCUCAGAAACCAAGUAAUCAACCUCAAAUUCCACCCACUUUAUAUGGUCCCGAUGGUAAACCGUUACCUCAGCAACCAAGUAAUCAACCUCAAAAUCAACCACCUUUAUAUGGUCCUGAUGGUAAACCGUUACCUGAGCAGCCAAGUAAUCAAACUCAAAAUCAACCACCUUUAUAUGGUCCUGAUGGUAAAAUAAUAUUUCGUCAACCUAGUAAUCAACCUCAAAUUACACCAACCUUAUAUGGUCCCGAUGGUAAAUCUCGUCAACCUGGAAAUGUCGUUUUAGAUCCUAUUUAUAGCAUUAGAAUACCUAAUGAUCAACAGCCUAACGGUAAUCAAUCUAAUGGACAACAACCCAGUGGUCAACCCAGUGGACAACAACCCAUUGGACAACUUCCCAGUGGUCAACAACCCAGUGGACAGCAUCAUAGUGGACAACAACCCAGUGGACAGAAACCCAGUGGACAACAACCCAGUGGUCAACCCAAUGGACAACAACCCAGUGGACAGCAACCCAGUGGACAACAACCCAGUGGACAACAACCCAGUGGACAGCAACCCAGUGGACAACAACCCAGUGGACAACAACCCAGUGGACAACAACCCAAUGGACAACAACCCAGUGUACAGCAACCCAGUGGACAGCAACCCAGUGGACAGCAACCCAGUGGACAACAACCCAGUGGACAACAACCCAGUGGACAACAACCCAAUGGACAACAACCCAGUGUACAGCAACCCAGUGGACAACAACCCAGUGGACAGCAACCCAGUGGACAACUUCCCAGUGGACAACAACCCAGUGGACAGCAACCCAGUGGACAACUUCCCAGUGGACAGAAACCCAGUGGACAACAACCCAGUGGUCAACCCAAUGGACAACAACCCAGUGGACAGCAACCCAGUGGACAACAACCCAGUGGACAACAACCCAGUGGACAGCAACCCAGUGGACAACAACCCAGUGGACAACAACCCAGUGAACAGCAACCCAGUGGACAACAACCCAGUGGACAACAACCCAGUGGACAACAACCCAAUGGACAACAACCCAGUGUACAGCAACCCAGUGGACAGCAACCCAGUGGACAGCAACCCAGUGGACAACAACCCAGUGGACAACCCAGUGGUCAACCCAAUGGACAGCAACCCAGUGGACAACAACCCAGUGGACAACAACCCAGUGGACAACAACCCAAUGGACAACAACCCAGUAGACAGCAACCCAGUGGACAGCAACCCAGUGGACAGCAACCCAGUGGACAACCCAGUGGUCAACCCAAUGGACAGCAACCCAGUGGACAGCAACCCAGUGGACAACAACCCAGUGGACAGCAACCCAGUGGACAGCAACCCAGUGGACAACCCAGUGGUCAACCCAAUGGACAGCAACCCAGUGGACAACAACCCAGUGGACAACAACCCAAUGGACAACAACCCAGUGGACAGCAACCCAGUGGACAGCAACCCAGUGGACAGCAACCCAGUGGACAACCCAGUGAUCAACCCAAUGGACAGCAACCCAGUGGACAACAACCCAGUGGACAACAACCCAAUGGACAACAACCCAGUGGACAGCAACCCAGUGGACAGCAACCCAGUGGACAAUUGCCUACUAGAAACACUGGAAAUGUCGUUUUAGAUCCUAUUUAUAGCAUUAGAAUUCCUAAUGAUCAACAGCCUAACAAUAAUCAAUCUAAUGGACAACAACCCAGUGGACAACAACCCAGUGGACAACAACCCAGUGGACAACAACCCAGUGGACAACAACCCAGUGGACAACCCAUUGGACAACAACCCAGUGGACAACAACCCAGUGGACAACAACCCAUUGGACAACAACCCAGUGGACAGCAACCCAGUGGACAACCCAUUGGACAACAACCCAUUGGACAACAACCCAGUGGACAACAACCCAGUGGACAACAACCCAGUGGACAACAACCCAGUGGACAACAACCCAGUGGACAACCCAUUGGACAACAACCCAGUGGACAACAACCCAGUGGACAACAACCCAUUGGACAACAACCCAGUGGACAGCAACCCAGUGGACAACCCAUUGGACAACAACCCAUUGGACAACAACCCAGUGGACAACAACCCAUUGGACAACAACCCAGUGGACAACAACCCAGUGGACAACAACCCAGUGGACAACAACCCAGUGGACAACAACCCAGUGGACAACAACCCAGUGGACAACAACCCAGUGGACAACAACCCAGUGGACAACAAACCAGUGGACAACAACCCAUUGGACAACAACCCAGUGGACAAUUGCCUAAUAGAAACACUGGAAAUGUCGUUUUAGAUCCUAUUUAUAGCAUUAGAAUACCUAUUGAUCAACAGCCUAACGGUAAUCAAUCUAAUGGACAACAUCCCAGUGGUCGACCCAAUGGACAACAACCCAGUGGACAACAACCCAGUGGACAACAACCCAGUGGACAACAACCCAGUGGACAACAACCCAUUGGACAACAACCCAGUGGACAACAACCCAGUGGACAGCAACCCAGUGGACAGCAACCCAGUGGACAAUUGCCUAAUAGAAACACUGGAAAUGUCGUUUUAGAUCCUAUUUAUAGCAUUAGAAUACCUAUUGAUCAACAGCCUAACGGUAAUCAAUCUAAUGGACAACAUCCCAGUGGUCGACCCAAUGGACAACAACCCAGUGGACAACAACCCAGUGGACAACAACCCAGUGGACAACAACCCAGUGGACAACAACCCAGUGGACAACAACCCAGUGGACAACAACCCAGUGGACAACAACCCAGUGGACAACAAACCAGUGGACAACAACCCAUUGGACAACAACCCAGUGGACAAUUGCCUAAUAGAAACACUGGAAAUGUCGUUUUAGAUCCUAUUUAUAGCAUUAGAAUACCUAUUGAUCAACAGCCUAACGGUAAUCAAUCUAAUGGACAACAUCCCAGUGGUCGACCCAAUGGACAACAACCCAGUGGACAACAACCCAGUGGACAACAACCCAGUGGACAACAACCCAUCGGACAACAACCCAGUGGACAACAACCCAGUGGACAGCAACCCAGUGGACAGCAACCCAGUGGACAAUUGCCUAAUAGAAACACUGGAAAUGUCGUUUUAGAUCCUAUUUAUAGCAUUAGAAUACCUAUUGAUCAACAGCCUAACGGUAAUCAAUCUAAUGGACAACAUCCCAGUGGUCGACCCAAUGGACAACAACCCAGUGGACAACAACCCAGUGGACAACAACCCAGUGGACAACAACCCAGUGGACAACAACCCAGUGGACAACAACCCAGUGGACAACAAACCAGUGGACAACAACCCAUUGGACAACAACUCAGUGGACAAUUGCCUAAUAGAAACACUGGAAAUGUCGUUUUAGAUCCUAUUUAUAGCAUUAGAAUACCUAUUGAUCAACAGCCUAACGGUAAUCAAUCUAAUGGACAACAUCCCAGUGGUCGACCCAAUGGACAACAACCCAGUGGACAACAACCCAGUGGACAACAACCCAGUGGACAACAACCCAUCGGACAACAACCCAUUGGACAACAACCCAGUGGACAACAACCCAGUGGACAGCAACCCAGUGGACAGCAACCCAGUGGACAAUUGCCUAAUAGAAACACUGGAAAUGUCGUUUUAGAUCCUAUUUAUAGCAUUAGAAUACCUAUUGAUCAACAGCCUAACGGUAAUCAAUCUAAUGGACAACAACCCAGUGGUCAACCCAAUGGACAACAACCCAAUGGACAGCAAUCCAGUGGUCAACAAACUAAUAGUAAACCUGGAAGUCCCGCUUUAGACCCUAUUUAUGUCAUAAAAACGCCUGGUGGACAACCGUCUAAUGGUCAACAGCAUAAUAAAAACCCUGGAAAUCUCCCAUUAGAUCCUAUAUAUGGCAUUAAAAUACCUAAGGAUCAACAGAUUACUGGUCAACAAAUACAACAACAACAACAUUUUGGUCAACAGCCAAAUGGUCAGCCAUCUAAUAGACAACCAUCUAAUGGAACGUCUGGUGUUAAUGGUAUCGAACCUAUAUAUGGUAUUAGAUGGAUCAAUCAACAGCCUAGUAGUAGUAGUAAUAGUAGUAGUAGUAAUAAUAUUGGUGUCACCAAUGGUUCUGGCCAAUCGGGUAGUAAUAAUAAUAAUGGCCAAUCAUCAAACAGCAACACGAUUAAACAUAGACCAAUAGUUUCCGGUUUUUUCCAUUACCUACCCUCACCAAGUAUCAAUAAUUUCAAUUGGAAACCAGACAACAAUAAAAACAUUCGACCUGGCGGUAUUUUCUUCAAUUAUGUACCAUGGUCAUUAACUGGUUGGGAUAGUAGUGUUCAAGAUAAAAGCUCAAAUGGUAACAAUAAUAAUAAUAAUAAUAAUAAUCUGUUUGGACGAUUUUUUCAAUUUCAACCAUGGUCAUUCGAUGAUUUUAGUCAAUAUCAACAAUUUGGUAAUAUGGAUAAUAAUGGUGAUAGUUUAAUAUUUGGUAAUAACCAAGGUAAAUAGAUUCAAAUAGAUUCAAAUAUAUUUAAAUAGACAGAUAAAUAUAUAUUUAUAAAGAUAUUAUUU